UUUUUCUUUCGGAAUCCAUCUAGGCUUUCCUUUUUACGAGCACUGUCAUGAUUGUUUAUCAACAACAUGUUUCGGUUUCAGUACCUCAUAUUAUAAAACAAAUACGUGUGAAGUUACUCAAUAGACAUUUAAAGAGUUCUACUAAAGUUCGAAAUAUCUCAGUAUCUGCAGUUGCAAGAAAGAAAAUGACUGACAAUGAAAUACGCAAGAGUAGUUUUGUGAAGGAGGAGGAGAUUUCACGUGGAAAAUGGUUGUCACUCAAUCAGAUCACAUACACAGACCCGACUGGAAAGGAAAGAACUUGGGAAGCUGUUUCUAGGACAACUACACAGACAGGAUCAGAUGCUGUAUGUGUGAUAGCCAUACUUAAACGAAUGUUGAAAUAUGAUUGUCUAGUCCUUGUUAAACAGUACAGACCACCAUUGAAAGGUUACACACUGGAAUUCCCUGCUGGAUUGAUUGAUCCAUGUGAAACAGCAGCAACUUGUGGUCUCAGAGAAUUGAAGGAAGAAACUGGUUACAUAGGAACACUUAAACAUGAAUCACCAGUAACUUGUUUGGAUCCAGGGAUUGGUGGUACAACCUGCCAUUUAAUAACAGCAGAAAUUGAUGGAGAUAUAGAUAGUAAUAUUCAUCCCAAAAAUAAACUAGAAGAGUCAGGUGAGUCAAUAACAAGAAUCUUAUUACAUUGUUUUAAUUCUGUUUCAGAGUUUAUAGAAGUGUUAUGUAUUCCUACAGAUGAACUUCUGAACAAAUUAAAUGACUUUACAAAACAAGGAGUUGUAGUAAAUACAAUGGUUUAUUCAUAUGCAAUAGCGAUGGAACAGUCAAAGAAAACAAAAAAUAAAUCUUUAUGAUAAAAUUUAUCAAAUUGUGUUAUAAUUAUAAGA